GGGGCCCUUAGCUUCUGGACUUGACUUGUUUAAUUCAGUUGCCAACCCAAGUUUUUAAAAGAAGGAUGAUGUGGAAGAUGUCUACCGGUAUGCACUUGCACAACACCAUUGCGGUGUUAAUUCUUGCUAUUGUAUUGUGCCUCUCUACUGUCAAUUGUCAAGCAACCUGUCCCCCGUUGACUGCCCCUAAUGAUGGUAGCAUAUCGUAUGGCCUCGCUGUUGAGACCAAUGGCGGGUAUGAUAUUGGCGACGUAGCCACGUUCUCUUGUGAUAAUAACUUCAUUCUGUCGGGAUCCACCACCAGCACGUGCCAGAGUGACUACACAUGGGACAAUAGCGAACCCACCUGCCAAGCAACCUGUCCCUCGUUGACUGCCCCUGAUGAUGGUAGCAUAUCGUAUGACCUCACUGUUCAGACCAAUGGCGGGUAUGGUGUUGGCGCAGUAGCCACAUUCUCUUGUGACGCUAACUUCGAUCUGUCGGGAUCCACUACCAGCACGUGCCAGGGUGAUAACACAUGGGACAAUAGCGAACCCACCUGCCAAGCAACCUGUCCCUCGUUGACUGCCCCUGAUGAUGGUAGCAUAUCGUAUGACCUCACUGUUCAGACCAAUGGCGGGUAUGGUGUUGGCGCAGUAGCCACAUUCUCUUGUGACGCUAACUUCGAUCUGUCGGGAUCCACUACCAGCACGUGCCAGGGUGAUAACACAUGGGACAAUAGCGAACCCACCUGCCAAGCAACCUGUCCCUCGUUGACUGCCCCUGAUGAUGGUAGCAUAUCGUAUGACCUCACUGUUCAGACCAAUGGCGGGUAUGGUGUUGGCGCAGUAGCCACAUUCUCUUGUGACGCUAACUUCGAUCUGUCGGGAUCCACUACCAGCACGUGCCAGGGUGAUAACACAUGGGACAAUAGCGAACCCACCUGCCAAGCAACCUGUCCCUCGUUGACUGCCCCUGAUGAUGGUAGCAUAUCGUAUGACCUCACUGUUCAGACCAAUGGCGGGUAUGGUGUUGGCGCAGUAGCCACAUUCUCUUGUGACGCUAACUUCGAUCUGUCGGGAUCCACUACCAGCACGUGCCAGGGUGAUAACACAUGGGACAAUAGCGAACCCACCUGCCAAGCAACCUGUCCCUCGUUGACUGCCCCUGAUGAUGGUAGCAUAUCGUAUGACCUCACUGUUCAGACCAAUGGCGGGUAUGGUGUUGGCGCAGUAGCCACAUUCUCUUGUGACACUAACUUCGAUCUGUUGGGAUCCACCACCAGCACGUGCCAGGGUGACCACACAUGGGACAAUAGCGAACCCACCUGCCAAGCAACCUGUCCCUCGUUGACUGCCCCUAAUGAUGGUAGCAUAUCGUAUGACCUCGCUGUUCUGACCAAUGGCGGGUAUGGUGUUGGCGCAGUAGCCACAUUCUCUUGUGACACUAACUUCGAUCUGUUGGGAUCCACCACCAGCACGUGCCAGGGUGAUAACACAUGGGACAAUAGCGAACCCAUCUGCCAAGUUUCUUUUGGGGGAGAAACCUGUGCUGAUCUGUCAAUGUUUUUUACUGAACUCGCCUGUGCUCCUGAUGGCUCCUAUGCUCCGGUGCAGUGCAGGGGCAUGGAGUGUGACUGUGUCAACACUACGACUGGAGAUGUACUUAGACAAAUACCGUUCCCACAGAGGGACACCAUCAACUGCUCAGCACCUGCAUUCGUUUGCCCUCCAUCUGCCUGUGGACCUACGAUUUGUUCUCGUGGAUACAUGAGGGAUAAUAAUGGAUGCUUUACUUGCGUCUGUGAAGCUGUUCCAGAACCUAUUGAAUGUAGAACUGUAACUGAAUUGCUUGAAGUUCUCGGAUGCCAUUGCGACUGUAUUGACAUCACAAUGAUUGCUAGGGAAGUUCUUGAAACCACGAAGGACUCGUGUCCUACAUGUAACCAAUCCUGUAACAGUACAUCGAUGUCUGCAGGCUCCUGUGUGACCCGUGACAGUACUUGUGAACGUCGUAUGGAACUAAGGAUUGUUGGCCCAUAUGGGACACCAGAAUGUGUACAGCAACCCAAUGAAGGUGAUGAGUGUAUGAUACCUGAGAGGAACCAAGACUCUACGAGUGGCCUAAAUGCACAAAUCAAUAUUGGACAGGACAUGGCAACUUGUGCGGAAGGGUCCAUAUGUGUCCAGAUUGCUCGUGGGGUGUACAGAUGCCAAAUAGACAACUCACCAUGCGCACUUGAUCGUCAAAUGAAUCCAGAUAUUGAGUGCGAUAUAGAAGGCAAUUUCAUGCCUCUCCAGUGUCAGCCUGCUAACACCUCAAUGCUGUGUCGCUGUGUGGAUGUGACUAAUGGAAAUACCUUAAGCGGGACAGCUGAGGUCAGAGUGGAGCCUGGAAUGCCAAGGCCGAACUGUCAGCCUCGAGACUGCAAUGUUCCUGGGAGUGGAAACGGUCGAAUGUUUACGGUUAAACAUGGAGCCUCUUACUUUGAUGUAGCCAGCUGUCAAAGUUGUCAGUGCAAUGACGGAGAUCCUGGAGCUUUAUGCAGUUCCUCUCAGAACAAUUGUGCAGCCCUUAUGAGUCAGAAUAACUGCACGUUGGAUAGUGGCUUGGUGUUACCUCACGGUGAACAGAUGACCAUCGACUGUGAGAGGUGUGGUUGCAGAAAUGGACAAGUCCGCUGUGUCACUAUCGGAGACUGUGAGCGUACAAGUGAUGAACCCGUAACGUUGAACAUGUGCCAAGAGUGUGCGAUGCUACCUCCGAACCCAGUGUGUGGGCCCGAUGGCCGCAAUCACAGAUCAGAGUGUGCUGCUGUCAACUGUGCUGGGUUAGAUGCCAUGGAACUCCUCAAUGGGGCUUGUCAGAGCAAUGAUUUGUGCAAUGUCUUCCCCUGUCCCACCGCCUGUAUUGUCACAGGGGCCGUGGCAUGUAUCGGCACCUGUCAAGCGGACCAACUCAGAACAUGCGUCAACAUUAACACCCUCCAAUGUGCUGCAAACGAAUCUUCAAUUGAAUCUCAAGUGUGUGGUAGUGACGGUGUAACGUACUCUAGUACCUGCACCCUCCUCCAAACAACAGUGGAUGUACGGAUUGCACACAGUGGUGCUUGUGAGAAUGACGAGUGUACCAGCAUGGGAGAGGUUUGCGGUAGUGAUGGAGUGACCUACCCCAACCCCUGUAUUCUGAGAAGCCGGGCUGUCACUAGAUUAGACUAUCCUGGUGCUUGUAUCACUACUGGAUCUACUGCUGAAGCGAUCUGUGAAAAUGUUCAAACACAGGGAUUGUGUGCAGUGAACAAUUACAAUUGUGACUCCCCCCGCCUCCCAAAGAUUGGCUGUUGUCCUGUGUGUGGUGGAGCAGUGACAAUAGCUUUUGAUAUAGAUGCCUUGACACUUGUUGGUUCUAUCGACUCUGAUUUUCUAUCAUUUGGUUUUCUGGCAUCUGAAGUUCUUAAGUUGUUUUCUGAAGUCCCCUGCACUGCGUUGAUUGAUAUAACAGCUACCUCCGACAUAGAGCUGUCACUAAUCUCAGAAGAUCCUGCUCAAAGUCAGGAGUGUGUGGCUCUAACAGAAGAAAUUGCCAGGGCUGUGAAUGGAGAGAAUGGAAAGCGUCGUAGGAGGCAGACAUCUGUGGACCUCCCACAAGUGUUUGACUACACCCUAGCAGCAGACACAGCUCAGCUGGUCCCUAGACAAGUUACAGUAGCUCCUGUAACUACAAAUGCAGUGGAUUCCUCUCCUACAAAUCCUUCAAGUGAUGGAGCUAUGUCUGUACAUGUGACGCUGGGUGCUCUCUCACUGCUGGUGUUGAGUAUACUGUCAGUACUGCUGGGAUAAACUAAACUGAACUGAAACUGAACCUGAACUAUUAUAAUAUUAUGCUAUAUGCAUGGCUGCCAUAAUUAUGUUAUAGAUAGUA